AUGUCAGGGCCACCACCUACUGAUGUGUAUGAGUGUGAUAUGAACGAGUCGCCAAUAAUGAGAAGGUGCAAGGAUGAUUGGGUGAAUGCCACCCAAAUCCUCAAAUGCUGCAAUUUCCCUAAAGCUAAAAGAACAAAAAUUUUGGAAAAAGGUGUUCAACAGGGCUUACAUGAAAAAGUGCAGGGUGGGUUCGGUCGUUUCCAAGGUACAUGGAUUCCUCUUGAGGAUGCACGUCGUUUGGCCGCAACGUACGGAGUGACGAAGGAGCUAGCACCGGUAUUGUUUUUGGACUUCAAUGACCCAGAUCUUGUUAUUCCCAUGAAGCAGAAACCACCUCCCAAAGACUCAAGUGACGUUGUGAAAAGAAAGUACACGAAAAAGGCAAAACAGCCGGGUGAGACUCCUAGAAGGUACAAGACAGGAAAAAAGGCGGCAAUUCAAGCCGCCGAGGAGGCAGCGGCAGCGGCGGCAGCGGCAUCAACAGCACCACCAGCACCAAUAGUAGUAACUGCUGCUGCUGCUGCUGCUGCUGCUGCUGCACAACAACAACAACAACAACCAACAGUAACAACUGCAGUUGUUGCUAAUCAUAAUAAUCUGAUACCACCGACUUUUAAUGAUGCAGCCGCAUUAGAUGGAAAUGCUUAUAAUAUGACGUCGCGACAGGAUUUGCAUGUAGCCGACGCUAUUGCCGCCAACUUACCUCAAAUGUACAACAUGAACCAGUCAAUGCCAAUUCCUAUACCUCAAACUUUUGAUCAGCGACAGAACAACGUCCCAGCAUCUAAAGUACUUUCUAGACCUCCUGAUAUUUAUCCAAUGGAAUUGGGACAUGCUUCAAUUUACGGACACAACAUACAAAAUCAGCCACUCUCAAUGCAAAGAUUUCAACUGGCUCAAAUCAAACCACAGACUUUUCCUCAACAAGCAUAUCCUCCAGUCAGUAUACAGCAACAAAUAUUUCAGCACAGCAAGCCACUGUCUUCUCAGUCAUCGAAUGAUACAAAUUGGUCGAAUGGCUACGAACAGCGAGAUAGCGAUACGUCUGUCAACUCCACCCAGGAUGACAGAAAAUCACAUUCACAAAAUCACCAGUUCCAACCUUCCGACUUGAAUUCAAGUGAUGACAAUAGUUAUGCUUCUCAGCUAUUGAAAUUUUUCAGCGAGGACAAUGCAGAAAUUCCGCACUUUGUUAUUUUCCCACCAGCCGAUUUCAAUAUCAAUGAACCCAUCGAUGACGAAGGACAUACUCCGUUGCAUUGGGCUGCAUCAAUUGGUAAUUAUGAGAUGAUUCAUCUCUUGCUCUCCAAAGGGGCAAACCCCCUCAUUGUUAACAACUUUGGUUUGAAUCCUUUAUCAAAGCUAAUUUCAUUCAACAACUGUUAUGAGCUUCGAAACUUUGGCGAUGUAUUAAAUGAUCUUGAAUUGUGUUUGAUCAACACCGACAUAAAUGGUAGGACUCCAUUGCAUUAUUUGUGUCAGUUUGCUAAAGUGAGAUCAAAAAUGGAAGGAUUGAAAUUUUAUUUAAAGACUAUAUUGAACAAAUUAACCAUUUUAACGAACCGGAAUCAAUCUAGACAAGUGGACUUGAUGAAGAAUGUGUUGAACCAUCAAGAUGUUCGUGGUGAUACUUGUUUGCACAUUGCAGUAAAGUCUAGGUGUAUACCUAUUAUACUGACAUUGUUACGAUACAAUGCUCAAGAUAAUUUUGAGAACGUUAAUGGAGAAACAGCACGAGAAUUGAUCAACUCAUUGCCACAAAAAGAUAAGGAAUUACUAUACUUGGAAAUGAAUGAACGUAGUGAAAUGGAUGGAAACACAAAUUCACCAGCUUUUUGGGACAGCAUGUUUACAAAGCCUCAAGAUAACAAUACCAAUAUCGAUAACAAUAACGAUAACAACAGUAAUAAUGCUAAUCAUGCUUCUCAAGUUUCCAAACAGCAAUUAUUGUUUACUCCGGUGGCUCCAAGGCCCCACAAAGUUGAAACGCCAGAUACGGAGCGUACUACAGUUGAGGAUGACGAUGAUGUAGAAGAUGAGGAUGAUGUAGCGCGUGUUGAUCGAAAGCACCUUGAAGCACUAAAUGAUGAUAAAGAAAACAUUUUCAUUGCUAAACAUUACGAAGAAAUUAUAACACCUGUACAGCGUACUCAAUACGGCUCGCUCCAUAGACCGUUGAGUGUAAUAACUGAAGGAGGCAGCGCUGAAAUUCUUACAAUGAACGAUAGCCAACAAGCACACGAACAACCCAUUGCGAUGCAACAAGCAAAGACACCUUCAAAAUCUGUUCCCAAUCAAUUCUGUGACAGUUUUGGGCGAAGUAACCGUCGCUCAAAGUCUUUUAGAAUGCCAAAUUUUUAUAAAUUGAACGAGGAAGGCCUGUUCACGCAAGAACAAAAAGAAAUGCGUCCGGUACCAUUCGAAGAUUUGUCAUUGAUGCUAGCUGGUAUGAUCAAAUCAUAUGGAAGCGCUCAUACUGAGCAAAUGCGAGCUCUUGAGACUGAACUUGCGACAUUGGAAAAAUCGUUGGCAGAGAAGCAGGAGGAAAAUCAAAAAUCAUUGAAACAUAUCAUUAGACUAUUCCAAAGCUCAGGUAUCGAAGAGGAGGCGGGCGAUGUGAAGUCUGUUGAAGAAGCACAUGCCAUUGUUAAAAAGUGUGUUGAACUGUGCAAACAGCGUUUAAGCGAGAAGGAGGCUCAACUAACGCACGUUUUGCAGCGUAAUCAAGCAUAUCAAUUAGCAAACCUUGUUCAACAGGAGGAAAUGGCAAUUUUGGAACAACAGUCUAACGACACUAGUCAAAGCGAAGAAGAUGAUGAUGGGUUUGUUAAUGAAGAGAAAUUCGACCUUGCAAUUGAGCUUACUAGACUUCAAAUCAAGAGGAAUGAAUUAUUGUGCAAGAUUGCUCAAGGUACAAAAAAUUAUGGUAUUGAUAGUGGCAUGUAUAAAUAUAGAAAGCUUUUGAGUUUGAGCUGUGGUAUUCGGGUGGAGGAUAUUGAUGGAUUGGUCGAUGGUAUCACCGAGUCGUUGACUGAAACGACAAGGUAA